AAAGUAGGAUCUUCCAUUAUACACGUUCACACUUUUGACUAAAAAUACAAAAUAUUUAAAAUGCAAAAAAUACUAAAAAUCCAACCAUAAAUACCCAACACGACACACAUGUUUCCUUCCCUCUAACUGAUCUUCUUCUCUUUUCUUUUCAUUUCUUUCAUUGUACGGUCACUUGACAUGAUCAAAACCAUGUCUGAUCCCCCAUCAAAUGAGUUUUUUCAAUUCUAUCAUCAAAAUUUCCCAAAUCAAACCCCUCCUUACACUUCCAUUGCUACUAACACCACCCCUGCUUCCACUUUACCCCCUGAAUCUACCAUGAUGAAUCCAAGCUCCCCAACCUCAGCCAGCAACUUGGGUCCAUCUGAAGGCCGUGUGUCAAAGCCCAUACGGAGAAGAUCACGAGCUUCGCGUCGAACGCCGACGACUUUACUUAACACGGACACUACCAAUUUCCGUGCCAUGGUACAACAAUUCACCGGAGGUCCUAUUGCACCUUUUGCAGCAGCAGCCACAUCAUCAUCACCACCUAAUUUCUCAACCCUAGCAGGCCUAGGGCUUGGCCCACGGGCUUCCCAUCCUAUGAAUCAAGCUAUCAUGUCUCAUCCUUUCUACCAACAACAGCUUCAACAACAGCAACAACAACAACAAUAUCAACAACACUACAAUAUGUAUAGUGGCAACGUUAAUACACAAGUAGGAGGAGAUCAUGAUAACAUGUUUUUUCAGAGAAUAAUGAGCAAUCCAAGACCUACAAACAAUGAUAAUAAUAUUAAUAAUGUUGUUAGUGAUCAUAUUCAUGGAGGAGAAGGUGGUUUCUUUCCAAGAACUUCUUCUUCUUGAGAUUCAUCGAUUAUUAUCUCUUGGUAGGAACAAGGAUAGUGGUUUAUUUUUCUUUCUUUUCUUUGGUCGCAUGGGGUGGCGGAGGCAUGAAAGUGACACGUAAAUUAAAGCAGACGAAUUAGGUUGCUAACUUGGCCUAAAAUUGUUGACCAACCACUCUACUAUAAUAUUUUAUUUAUUUACACUAUACCACUUUUUUAUUUUAUUUUUUUAUUUGUAGUCUUGUUCGAAUUAUUAAUUAUUACUACUGUUUCUUUUUUAACUUUUGUAAUAACUUUAGGGUUUUUUUUUUGUGUGCACUAGGCUAUGUUUCUAGAUCACUUUGCUUGGCGUUGCAAACACGUUUGUUUAUUUAUUAUUACUCUUUCUAUCCUAUAAUUACUUUGACAUUUGCAAAAAGUGUUUGUCCGAAA